ACAAUUUUUCUUGUAGUUCACGAUUAGGUUUUUUAAUUUAACCAUUACUAAUAAUAUCUACAUUACCUUACCUAACAAUAGCUCUACUCUUAGUGUCAUAAGUUAGCCUAAACAUACACAGUUCAACUGUACAAGUUGUCGAAAUGGCGAACGACACGCCUGAAAGUGAUUUCUCCAUAGAAUGUUUUCAAAAUUAUUCUGCUCCGGAGGUGUUCGUGCAAGGCCUAGCAGGGAUGGUCGAUCAGACAGACGUAGAAACUAUUAUAAGGGCACAGAAAAACAUGUUGCAACGCUUCGAGAAAACUACUGAAAUGUUAACGAACUGCAACCAGCUUUCAGCCAGUCGACUUCGAGCUGCUUCUGUGGAAUUCAAGAAGCAUACCCAACUAUUGAUGGACAUGAGAAAAGACCUCGAGUUCAUAUUCAAGAAAAUUAGAGCAAUAAAAACUAAGCUUAGUACUCAAUACCCUGAAGCUUACAAAGCAGCAGUGGCAGCAUCAAUAGCAAACAGAAAACCAGUUGAUGAAGAGGAAGAAGACGAAGCUUUCAAACCUGCAGAAACAACAAUAGAGUCUAAAAUGGUAACAACUGUCUCUACGGAAACCCUAAAACCAACAACAAGCGAAGAGAAACCACUCAACAAUAAAAGUAUACUGAAGAGCGAUCAUAGCAACAAUAACUCUGAAGAAGGCACAAGUGUUACCAAUACUGAAAAUAAAAAAGGCAAUGGUAAAAAAACCAAAAGAAAUAGCAGUUCUUCUGAAACAGAAAGUGCAAGUUCUGGUGAUGAUAGCAGCACAGACACGGGAUGAAACUGGCUUUUAUAGAUGUUUUAUUUGGAUAUCAGUAUUCCCCAGUGUCUACACUGCUAUAGGUUUUAUGCUUUAAUAACUAUUAUGUAUUAGGACCUACAUAUGUGAUUUCACAGCAGUUUUAGGAAUUUGUCUUUCAUUAAAACUUUCAUAGGUCAAAGAAGCAAGCCUCUGAUUUUCUCUGAACCAAAAAUCUAUUUCUAUUACCUAUUGUGAACUUUAGAACAAAAAUCAUGACUAUAA